UGGCAUCCCUGGUGUCAGCCAUCAUGUCGUCGUCGUCGUCGUCCAAAGUAGAGUGAUUUUUUCUCCAAAGCGAUUCUGCUCCGUCGAUCGUCGGUCGGAUUACGGGCCAAAAAACGGGUUCAAUCGCACGGUUCCGGGCACCGUUGACCGUCUUGCGACUCGCUUCCGGUGCGUAGUGUAGUGAAAAGUGCGAAUUUCAGCCUUCUUCCGCUCCGCGAAAGCGCAACGCCUGCUGCUGCUCCGUGAAAAAGUCACGACACACACGGUGGGUGGCGAGAGGAGUCUGGGGCUGGGGAAAUUUUACCUGACCUUCUUGGCUCUGGUGCUGGUGCUUUGAAAUUCCAGGAAAGAUAAAGAAAUGAAGUUGCCUGCGUUUCCCGUUCGUUAUCAGUGGAAAAUGGUGUGAAAAGUGACGCGCGGUUUUUCGCGGAGUGAACGGAAACGGGGAAGCGGAGUUGGUCGGGGUUGGUCUGUGCGUUCCGAUAGAGUUGGCCUCGUCGUCCUCCCUCCCAGCAAAAGUCAUCACACACACACAACCCAGCCUACUGCUGCUGCUUGUGAGGGGUGGCUGAGAAGGUGCUGAAAGAAGGAAGUUAAAAAGCCAGAAAUUCAAAGAAGAAAUCGACUACUGCGAUCAGUUAUACUGAAAAAUUAACGCGAAAUCAAGCAAGUUUCAAGUGAGAAUUGAAAAAUUCAAUCUGAAAGUGAGAAGUGCAAAGAUAACAAAAAAAUGAAAUAAAGGAAAAAAUCCAACCAGAAAACGCAACAGGAAUAAAUAGUACGAAAUAAUCAACAAAACACAACAUCACAAAACGAAGGAGAAUGCCGAAAUGUGAUUUAAAAACUAGAUUAAUUCCGGCGACCUUCGCCUGGACUCUGCUGCUGGGCACGACGUUCCUCUUUUUCUACUAUCCAUGUCGCCAGUUCUACGUCCAGCGGCACCCAUGGGUUCCGGCGUACCAGGCCGUCAUCACGUUCUUCGUCAUCGCCAACUUCACGAUGGCCACCUUCAUGGAUCCCGGCGUCAUACCGAAAGCCCCGCCCGACGAGGACCGCGAGGACGAGUUCCGGGCGCCGCUGUACAAGAACGCCGAAAUCAACGGCAUAACGGUGCGCAUGAAGUGGUGCGUCACGUGCAAGUUCUACCGGCCGCCCCGGUGCUCGCACUGUUCCGUCUGCAAUCACUGCAUUGAGACGUUUGACCACCACUGCCCGUGGGUGAACAACUGCAUCGGUCGGCGGAACUAUCGCUUCUUCUUCUUCUUCCUGAUCUCGCUGUCGAUCCACAUGCUGAGCAUCUUCUCGCUGUCGCUGAUCUACGUGCUCCAGAAGGAGAAGGACAAGCUGACCGAGGUGGAACCGAUCGUGGCCAUGAUCCUGAUGGCCAUCGUGACGCUGCUGGCGAUCCCGAUCUUCGGCCUGACCGGGUUCCACAUGGUGCUGGUGUCGCGGGGGCGCACCACCAACGAGCAGGUCACCGGCAAGUUCAAGGGUGGCUACAAUCCGUUCUCGCGGGGCUGCUGGAACAACUGCUGCUACACCCAGUGCGGUCCGCAGUAUCCCAGUCUGCUGAAGCCGCAAAAGUACGUUGCCCGGCGGUCCAACAAGGAGAACCAAUCGAUCAGUACGAUCACGAACGAUGGGGGCCCGGGUGGUGGCGGCAGUGGCAACGGCUCCGGCCGCCAUCUCAACUCGCAGCAGCAAGCGCUGAACCCGGGAGGCUCCGGUGGCGGCGGCCAGGGCAUCUAUGAUAAUAGUCGCCACACGCAGGUAAAAACCUAUAUGGACCAUGGCAAUGGUCACGGUAUUCGUACGGUCGGAUCCAGCCACUACAGCAAGCUAUCGCCGGGUCGGGACGGGUCCGACAUUGACAUGGAACCGCAGGGCACCCAGAGCCGGGACUGCGAGCCGACGCCGCCGCUGCAGCGGCACGGUUCCAAGAGUAACUUCUUCCUGCCCCCGAUGGACGGCAACGGGGGCAUGAACAUGAACGGCGGCCAGGGAGGAGCUCAGGGUGGUCAAAACGGGGGCGGAGAUUCCCCGCGGCAGCACAUCCGGAUGUACCACCCGCGGCACAGUCCCCAUCCGCGUCAACGCGGACUCGAUCCGUCGAGGAGUUUCACGCCGGAGGGACUAUCGCCGGAUCAGCAGCAACCUCCGCCGCCGAUGAUUACGAUCCAGCAGCAGCAACAGAAUCAGCAGGGAAUGCCACGUGGAGGAAACAAUUCGUCGGCCACGCCUACUAUGCAGCAGAGAAUCAAAGCGCUUGGCGUCGCGACGCCACUGGCCAUGUCUAGUCCUGUGAGGAGGUCCAACCCCGGAACGCCCACCCAGCCCCGGCGGCCCGACUUUAUCGGCGUCAACAUGAUGAGCCCGCAGCAACAGCAACAAAUCCAACAACAACAACAGCAGCAACAAUUCCACCAAACCGGUCUUCCCCCAGUGCAUCCGUACCAUCAGCAACAGCAGCAGCAACAAUCGCAACAACUUCAGCAGCAAUAUCCGAUGGUCCACCAUAACGGUGGCCUGCCCGGCCAGCAGCAGCAGCAACCAGGCCAGGUUCGACCCCCCUCGAACGUGGUCGUGUCCGCCCAGCGCCGGUACCUCUCCGAGGGCGAACUGGCCCGGCAGGGCGCCGAACUGUCGUACGCGCGCAGCAACCAAACCGUGGACAACAUCCGCGAGCUGGCCGGCAGUCCGCAGCGGGGCGUGUACAUGUGGAAGAACGACACCUCGCCCGGCUUCAGCAACGGCGUCGGCGUCGUCAAUCCGCAGUUGAGUCAGGCGCAGCAGCCCGGUCCCGGCGUCUUUGUGAGUAUGGCCCAGUCCGCCGCCGCCGGGGUGUACCAGAAUCAGCCGAGUCCGACGACGGCACCUCAGCAGAGCAGCAGCUACGGCGGCGUCAGUGCCGCCCGGUACCAGCUUCAGCAGGCGCAACAGUCCCAAACGGCGGCGGCCGCAGCAGGCUACCAUCCGGCGUUACGAGGGGGCGUUCCGGUGUUUCCGCCACAACCUCCCAUCGUAACGACGACGGCCCAGUCCCAGUCGAUCGGAGGCCCGCAGGCGCCCUCCCCCCAGAUCAAGCGGAAAGCCACCCCAACGCGGCCAAUGUCCUUUGUGAGGGCGCUCGAGAUGACCGAUUCGCUGGAGAUGAAUCCGACGGGGCAGGCACAAGGGGGAGAUGGAAGUAGUCAGCAGGGAGGAGCCGGGGGACGAGCGACGACGCCGACGCCGCCGGAUCGGGCCAGCGUGUACGACAUGAACUACGAGAUUUCCGUAUAACAGCAGCGACAAAAGCAGCAGCAGGAGGACGGUGGUGGCAAGUCGUCGGGGUAGAUUCCCGUUGUUUUUUUUUUUUUUUUUUUAAGUUUGUUUCAGGUUUUUCGUCCAGUUUUUGUUUUUAGAGAACGAGAGAGAGAGAGAGAGAGGUUUGUUCCUUGCGACUGAAAGGAAGAGAGGAUGAUUAAGGUUAGGGGAAAUACGCAUGCAUCUUGA